GCCAAGAGGCCGCAGUUGUUUAUCACCAUCUCGCCUCAGUGAGGCCUGAGAUUCUUUCGAACAGGAGCUUUGCCUCCCAUGACGCAGAGCGAAGUGUCAACUGGGAUAUUUCUGGUAAAACUGAAAGCAAGAAAAGCGGGGUGCACGCUUCACAAGGUACCAGCCCCCGUGGGACUGUGGGUGGGGUUCGGGGCAUUUAGGUGCCAUCUCCCAGUGACAGAUGGAUGGACCUUUCCUCUGAGAGAAAGGAGGAGACACGUUGGCAAGUCGACCUCAAACCCAAGGUUGCUGGUGAAGUGAUCAGAAAGGGGGAAACACACACACACCAGCUAGAGGGAAGGAUCGAAAAGACAAGAAGGGCGCGAAUCGUGACAGACUCCCCACUGGGGCAGCUACUCACCGGAACCAGAAGCACAAUGUCCCUGAAGCUGCCAAGAAACUGGGAUUUCAACCUGAAAAUGGAGGCUGCGAAAAUAGCUCGGUCACGGAGUGUGAUGACCGGCGUGAUGACCGGCGAGCAGAUGGCGGCCUUCCACCUGUCGUCCACCCCCAACCCUCUGGAAAGGCCCAUCAAGAUGGGCUGGCUGAAGAAGCAGAGGUCCAUCGUGAAGAACUGGCAGCAGAGGUACUUCGUGUUGAAGGCGCAGAAGCUCUACUACUACAAGGAAGAAGAGGACGUGAAGGCACAGGGUUGCAUGUAUCUACCAGGAAGUACAAUCAAGGAGAUCGCCACAAACCCAGAAGAAGCAGGGAAGUUUGUCUUUGAAGUCAUUCCAGCUUCAUGGGACCAGAGUCGUGCGGGACAGGACUCCUAUGUCCUCAUGGCCAGCUCCCAGGCGGAGAUGGAGGAGUGGGUUAAAUUCCUUAGGAGAGUCGCUGGAGCGCCCUCUGGAGCGGUGUUUGGUCAGCGCUUGGAUGAGACUGUGGCUUAUGAGCAGAAAUUUGGCCCCCAUCUGGUGCCCAUCCUGGUGGAGAAGUGUGCAGAGUUCAUUCUCGAGCAUGGCCUGAAUGAAGAGGGCAUCUUCCGACUGCCUGGGCAGGACAACCUGGUGAAGCAGCUGAGAGAUGCUUUUGACGCCGGGGAGCGGCCCUCCUUUGACAGAGAUACAGAUGUGCACACGGUGGCCUCCCUGUUAAAGCUCUACCUCCGAGAUCUCCCGGAGCCGGUGGUUCCCUGGAGCCAGUAUGAGGGGUUCUUGCUAUGUGGGCAGCUCAUGAAUGCAGAUGAGACAAAGGCUCAGCAGGAGUUGAUGAAGCAGCUCUCCAUCCUUCCUCGAGACAAUUAUAGCCUCCUGAGCUACAUGUGCAGGUUCCUACAUGAAAUCCAGCUGAACUGUAGUGUUAACAAGAUGAGCGUGGACAAUCUGGCUACUGUGAUUGGUGUGAAUCUCAUCAGGUCGAAGGUGGAAGACCCUGCUGUGAUCAUGCGAGGGGCUCCUCAAAUCCAAAGAGUAAUGACCAUGAUGAUCAGAGACCAUGAAGUCCUCUUCCCCAAGUCCAAAGAUGCACCCCUGUCACCACCUGCCCAAAAAAAUGACCCCAGAAAACCUCCAGUGGCUCGAAGCUCUGUGGGCUGGGAUGCCACUGAAGACCCCUCAAUUUCUAGGACAGACAGCUUCAGUAACACGACCAGCGACUCAGACACAACCAGCCCCACUGGACAACGGCCGAGUGAUGAGUGUCUAGAAGACAGCAGCAGAGACCCCAGGGAAAAGCCAGGAGAUUGGAAGUUGCAGUCUCGAAAAAGGACUCAGACACUCCCUAACCGGAAAUGCUUCUUGACAUCAGCUUUUCAAGGUGCCAAUAGCAGCAAAGUGGAGAUCUUUAAAAAUGAGUUCUGGUCAUCUUCAGAGGGGAAGGCAGGGGAAGGGCACAGGAGAACGAUGUCUCAAGGUGUGCCGCAAUUUUCUGACUCCCAGCGGACUUCCACCUACGAUAACGUCCCUGCCCUGCCCGGGUCCCCCAGGGACGAAGCAGAUGUGCUCUCUUCCCAUGCCUGUGACCCCAGGAGAGACACUCUUGCCAGCCCAACCUCUGCAACCGGGCCUGGAAAAAAGAACUCUGGAGAAGAGGAACUUGAAUCUUUGCAGAGCGUGGUCCGUGAGCUGCAAAAAGAAAUAGAAACACAGAAGCAAAUGUAUGAGGAACAGAUUAAGAACCUUGAGAAGGAAAAUUACGACGUCUGGGCUAAGGUGGUAAGGCUCAAUGAGGAACUGGAAAAGGAGAAGAAGAAGUUUGCAGCCUUGGAAAUCAGCCUUCGCAACGUGGAGCGCUCCCGGGAGGAUGUUGAGAAGAGGAACAAGGUCUUGGAAGAAGAAGUCAAGGAAUUUGUCAGAUUGAUGAAGGAGCCCAAGACUGAUGCGUGAGGGUCCCAGGAGUACUGCAGAGCCAGCCCCCAGAGACCCAACGCUGCUCCCUUUCUUGCUGCUACCUGAUGUGCGGGAAGCAAAAUUACUCCCGAAGAGGGAGAAAACAUUUUGGGGGAAACAUCGCAUUUCCUAGUAAAUAAGUCGGUGGAGUUUUCAGGAAGAUAACAGUGAGCAGAGACGUGUGGACAUCUGAGACCCCCUGUGGCUAUAUUCAAAAGGAUUGCAUUAUUCCACUGUGGUCUCAGGCCCAGUGAAAUGGAACCUUCCAUGGCUGAUUCCCUAUAUCCAGUGGAGACAUUUGAGGCAGGCCACCUCCCAGGACCCAGGCAACAGGCUGCUCCCAACCAAGGCUGGACUGAGUGUUAGUUCUUUGUUUUCUGGGUGGAACAACUCGCUUCAUUAGAUGGCCUCAAGGCGUCUCUGAGACACAGGGGCGGAAAAUGAUAUGCAGCUUUUGAAUGUUCGUCCGUGGCAUGCUGUGUUUUGGGGGGGGGCUGCACCUGCUGAAGCCAGAGCCCCAUUCUGCCACCCCCACCACAAUGCAUACUCUCCAGGGGUUGGAAACUCAAAAUUAUUAUUAGACUAAGACAAAACAAGCAAUAAAUUGUAUUUAUGACAGCAAAAUCAAUGAGAAAAUUAUAUUCAAAUAAAG